CGAAAGUUGAAUAUAGUUUGCUUUCCUCCCAAUGAGAAUAUCAAGUCUAUAGAAAGGAUUCCACUUGAGUGCGACUUUUAUUGUGAUAUGAUGUAUCAUGUACCUUAUUCAACAUUUAUAAGCUUUCCACAUGCUGAAGCUGUCAGAGAAUUGGAUUCGAUUAUGUCCAGUGAAAGUAGCACCGCAGAAAUAAAAUAACAUGUAUACGAAAACAGCCUCCUUGAUUUGUAUUCUGGCUGUGGUGCGAUGUCCACUGCUUUAUGUCUUGGAGCUGCGAACUAUGGUGUUAAGCUUGUAACAAAAUGGGCAGUGGAUUUCAAUAGAGAAGCAUGUGAUAGCUUGAGAUGGAAUCAUCCAGAGACGCAGAAAACUGGAAAGUCUGGAUUGCACUUCAAGAUACAUUGGAAAGGUUAUGGAGAAGCUGAUGACACAUGGGAACCCAUUGAGGGUCUGAGUGGUUGUGAGCAGAAAAUGAAGGAGUUCAUUGAGAAUGGGUUUAAAGCAAGUAUACUGCCUUUGCCAGGGAGUGUUGAUGUCGUAUGUGGUGGCCCACCUUGCCAAGGAAUAAGCGGCUUCAAUCGUUUUAGGAAUAGUGAAAAUCCAUUAGAGGAUCCCAAGAACAAACAACUAAAAGCAGCAUGUAGAUACAAGAAUGGCUAAACGCCAUUUCUCGAUGGUAAAAGUGGAUGGAGAGCUUUAUAAUCUUCAUGAUGAUGCUUAUGUUAAUGGUAAGGAAGGUAAAGACAAUAAUAUUUUUAAAAUCGUUGAGAUGUUUGAAGAUUUAGAUGGAAUGCGUUAUUUCACGACUCAAUGGUUCUACCGAGCUAAGGACACUGUGGUGCGAUGUCCACUGGUUUAUGUAUUCUGGCUGUGGUGCGAUGUCCACUGGUUUAUGUCUUGGAGCUGCGAACUAUGGUGUUAAGCUUGUAACAAAAUGGGCAGUGGAUUUCAAUAGAGAAGCUUGUGAUAGCUUGAGAUGGAAUCAUCCAGAGACGCAGGUCCGAAAUGAAGCUGCUCAGGAUUU